CCUGUCUUCUUUCUUCGUUCCAUGGAAAACGAAAAUCAUUUAUGAGUUUACGAACGCUUAAUCAAUAGCAAAAACAGGACCGCAGGUGGCGCUAAUGUAGAACAAAAGACCAAAAAAUAAACCAUGAGGCUUGUUCUCCUACGGACGGUGAAAUAGCGCUUCAAUGGACCUUUCGUUCUUGGUGUUCGUCAGGCCUGUCGAGGAAAGGUCUACCAAGCGUUUCCUUUCGCACUUGCUGUUCAUUAUUUUGGACGCAUAAUGUCCACUGCUAGGUCUGUACUUGCGCUCUCCAAGGUGGUACAGCCAUGGGCCAGACUAAAGAGCAACGCGGCCAACGUGGUACGCCCGGUUAUGUGCAGUAGAAGGGAGAAGUCCUCUUACACUCCCCCACCUGCCAAGUACGGAGGCCGGCACACAGUGACCAUGAUUCCUGGGGACGGCAUUGGCCCCGAACUUCUGAACCACGCCCGAGAGCUCUUCAGGUUCUGCUGUGUCCCUGUGGAUUUUGAGGUGGUGAACGUGGAUUCAUCUGUUACUUCAGAGGAUGACAUUAAUAAUGCAGUUACAGCCAUCAAACGCAAUGGAGUAGCACUGAAGGGUAACAUUGAAACCAAUCACAACCUUCCUCCCUCUCACAAGUCAAGGAACAACCUGUUACGCACAUCACUGGACCUGUAUGCUAAUGUGAUGCACUGCCAGACUCUCCCCGGUGUCCAGACCCGGCACAGAGACAUAGACAUCAUCAUCAUCAGAGAGAACACUGAGGGGGAGUACAGCAGCUUGGAGCAUGAGAAUGUGCCUGGGGUGGUGGAGUGUCUGAAGAUCAUCACCCGGAUGAACUCAAUGCGGCUUGCUGAGUUUGCAUUCAGACUGGCCAGGGAGAAAGGCCGGCGCAGGAUCACAGCUGUACACAAGGCCAACAUCAUGAAGCUGGGUGAUGGUCUUUUCCUGAAAUGUUGCAAGGAGGUGGCAGCGGGAUAUCCUGAUAUUACAUUUGAUGACAUGAUUGUGGAUAACACCACCAUGCAGCUGGUGUCCAAGCCCCAGCAAUUUGAUGUGAUGGUGAUGCCCAACCUGUACGGGAACGUGGUGAGCAACGUGUGUGCGGGGCUUGUCGGGGGGCCGGGCCUGGUGCCAGGAGCCAAUUAUGGUGAGAACUACGCGGUCUUCGAAACCGCCACAAGGAACACUGGGAAAAGCAUUGCUAACAAGAACAUUGCAAACCCCACUGCGACACUGCUGGCCAGCUGCCUGAUGCUAGAUCACUUAAGGCUUCACGACCAUGCCAGUGUAAUUCGAAAAGCAGUGCUGAAAACACUGUCUGAAACUCAGUUGCACACUGCUGACCUGGGAGGUCAGGGGACAACAUCAGAGGUAGUGCAAACUAUCAUGCAGGAGGUUCAGAGGAACGGGUUCCUUAACCCCAAACACAUCUGAACGGCUACAUCACCUCACCGCCAGACAGGAUGUAUCCACCUCUACUCUUUCUUUGGACAGGCAUUAUGUAUAGACACAUACAGUGCAUUUUGUAAGGGUUUAAUUAAAUUAGCUCUUAUUAACUAUACUGUUGAUUGCAACCUGCCUGGCCCAUGUAGAUAAUCUAUUAGAGGUUGCAUAGUAACUUUUAUGUUGCAUGAGGAUCAGUUGUUGGUUUUAAGCUUUCCAGGUAGAAGUCUUCAAUCAGUAGACACUUUGAAAUUGGAUAAAACCUCUGUGGGUGUGUGUGUGGGUGUGUGUGUGGGUGUGUGUGUGGGUGUGUGUGUGUGUGUGUGUGUGUGUGAGAGAGAGAGAAAGAGAGAAAUUUGUGGUCUGGGAGCAACUUUACAACUUUUUUUGUGAAAAAAAUGAGUGAAUUUUAUAUUUUGAUUUUGAAGUAGAAUGGCAAAUAUUUUGAAGAUGUAAACAUAAAAGGUCACACUCAUUACUAACUGAUAAUGGUCACUGGAUUAACUAUUUUGAGACCUCUGGCAGUAAACCGUUUGGUGCACUGAAAAUGACAAAAUGUAAAGUGCAGACUUGUAUGUAAUGUGUAUGUACAUGAACGUAUUAGACACAUACUCAUUAUGCUCAGCCAUAGAACAACAGGUGCCCCACUGACAGUUUUGCACACUUUACCAAAUCUGUGAAAAUAAUUGUCUGCAGUGUUUGUUCAGUUGUUACAUACUAUAUUUCAACAUGAAAUCCACCUGCAGAUUAGCCAUUUCAGAAUAAUGUUCAAUUACUUAUAAAACAUCCAGACAUAUAAAUGUUGUUUUUUUGUUGCUUUGUUUUUUUUUUUUUUUAUUAAAAAGGUUCUUUAAAGGUUAUUUUCCCAGAGAGCCCUUGGUGAUUGAGUGCUGAUGUAACCGGUCAUGACUAUGUGUGGUACCAGAUCAAGCGUAUACUUGAUUUAAUUUAAUCCUUGUCCUGAUAACCAGCCUUGUAGGUUUUUGUCAAUGUUUAUUAUGUCUUUCACUGUCAACAAAGCGUACACAAUAAAUUAUUUCCCUUCACAGAA